UCAAGGAGCAGCUCAAGCUCUGCCUGGCCGCCGAGGGCUUCGGCAACCGCCUCUGCUUCCUGGAGCCCACCAGCAACGCGCAGAAUGUGCCCCCCGAUCUGGCCAUCUGUUGCUUCGUCCUGGAGCAGUCCCUGUCCGUCCGGGCCCUGCAGGAGAUGCUGGCCAACACGGUGGAGGCUGGCGUGGAGUCCUCCCAGGGCGGGGGGCACAGGACGCUCCUGUACGGCCACGCCAUCCUGCUCCGGCACACGCACAGCGGCAUGUACCUGAGCUGCCUUACCACCUCGCGCUCCAUGACUGACAAGCUGGCCUUCGACGUGGGACUGCAGGAAGACGCCACAGGGGAGGCCUGUUGGUGGACGACGCACCCGGCCUCCAAGCAGAGGUCGGAAGGAGAGAAGGUCCGCGUUGGGGACGACCUCAUCCUCGUUAGUGUCUCCUCAGAGCGUUACCUGCACCUGUCAACGGCCAGUGGGGAGCUCCAGGUGGACGCCUCCUUCAUGCAGACACUGUGGAACAUGAACCCCAUCUGCUCCGGCUGCGAAGAGGGCUAUGUGACCGGGGGUCACGUCCUUCGACUCUUCCACGGACACAUGGAUGAGUGUUUGACCAUUUCCCCCGCUGACAGCGAGGACCAGCGCAGACUUGUGCACUACGAGGGGGGAUCUGUGUGCACCCACGCCCGCUCCCUCUGGAGACUGGAGCCGCUGCGAAUCAGCUGGAGUGGGAGCCACCUUCGCUGGGGCCAGCCGCUCCGAAUCCGCCAUGUCACCACUGGGCGGUACCUGGCACUCACCGAGGACCAGGGCCUGAUGGUGGUGGAUGCCAGCAAGGCCCACACCAAGGCCACCUCCUUCUGCUUCCGCAUCUCCAAGGAGAAGCUCGAUACGGCCCCCAAGCGGGAUGUGGAUGGCAUGGGUCCCCCGGAGAUCAAGUACGGGGAGUCACUGUGCUUUGUGCAGCACGUGGCCUCGGGCCUGUGGCUCACCUACGCCGCCCCAGACCCCAAGGCCCUGCGGCUUGGCGUGCUCAAGAAGAAGGCCAUGCUGCACCAGGAAGGCCACAUGGACGAUGCAUUGUCGCUGACGCGCUGCCAGCAGGAGGAGUCCCAGGCUGCCCGCAUGAUUUACAGCACUGCCGGCCUGUACAACCAGUUUAUCAAGGGCCUGGACAGCUUCAGCGGGAAGCCACGGGGCUCGGGGCCUCCAGCUGGCACAGCGUUGCCCAUCGAGGGUGUCAUCCUGAGCCUGCAGGACCUCAUCGGCUACUUCGAGCCGCCCUCCGAGGAGCUGCAGCACGAGGAGAAGCAGAGCAAGCUGCGCAGUCUCCGCAACCGCCAGAGCCUCUUCCAGGAGGAGGGGAUGCUCUCCCUGGUCCUGAACUGCAUCGACCGCCUGAAUGUCUACACCACUGCUGCCCACUUUGCCGAAUUUGCAGGGGAGGAGGCAGCCGAGUCCUGGAAAGAGAUUGUGAACCUGCUCUACGAACUCCUGGCCUCUCUGAUCCGUGGUAAUCGUACCAACUGUGCCCUCUUCUCCACCAACCUGGACUGGCUGGUCAGCAAGCUGGACCGGCUGGAGGCCUCCUCAGGGAUCCUGGAGGUGCUGUACUGUGUCCUGAUCGAGAGUCCUGAGGUCCUGAACAUCAUCCAGGAGAACCACAUCAAGUCCAUCAUCUCCCUCCUGGACAAGCACGGGAGGAACCACAAGGUGCUCGAUGUGCUGUGUUCUCUCUGUGUGUGCAAUGGCGUGGCUGUGCGCUCCAACCAAGAUCUCAUUACCGAGAACUUGCUCCCUGGCCGUGAGCUUCUGCUGCAGACAAACCUCAUCAACUAUGUCACCAGCAUCCGCCCCAACAUCUUUGUGGGCCGAGCCGAGGGCUCCACACAGUACGGCAAAUGGUACUUUGAGGUGAUGGUGGACGAGGUGGCUCCGUUCCUGACAGCUCAGGCCACCCACCUGCGGGUGGGCUGGGCCCUCACUGAAGGCUACAGCCCCUACCCAGGUGGCGGCGAGGGCUGGGGCGGCAAUGGGGUCGGCGACGACCUCUAUUCCUACGGCUUUGAUGGGCUGCACCUCUGGACAGGACACGUGGCACGCCCGGUGACUUCCCCAGGGCAGCACCUCCUGGCCCCUGAGGACGUCGUCAGCUGCUGCCUGGACCUCAGCGUGCCAUCCAUCUCCUUCCGAAUCAAUGGCUGUCCUGUGCAGGGCGUCUUUGAGGCCUUCAACCUGGAUGGGCUCUUCUUCCCUGUUGUCAGUUUCUCGGCUGGUGUCAAGGUGCGUUUCCUUCUUGGUGGCCGCCAUGGUGAAUUCAAGUUCCUCCCUCCACCUGGCUAUGCCCCAUGCCAUGAGGCUGUACUCCCUCGAGAGCGACUUCAUCUGGAGCCCAUCAAGGAGUACCGGCGGGAGGGGCCCCGGGGGCCCCACCUGGUGGGCCCCAGUCGCUGCCUCUCACACACCGACUUUGUGCCCUGCCCUGUGGACACUGUCCAGAUUGUCCUGCCUCCCCAUCUGGAACGUAUUCGGGAGAAGCUGGCAGAGAACAUUCAUGAACUCUGGGCGCUGACUCGCAUUGAGCAGGGCUGGACCUACGGCCCGGUUCGGGAUGACAAUAAGAGGCUGCACCCAUGUCUUGUGGACUUCCACAGCUUACCAGAGCCCGAGAGGAAUUACAACCUGCAGAUGUCGGGGGAGACACUCAAGACUCUGCUGGCACUGGGCUGCCAUGUGGGCAUGGCGGAUGAGAAGGCGGAGGACAACCUGAAGAAGACCAAACUCCCCAAGACGUACAUGAUGAGCAAUGGGUACAAGCCGGCGCCACUAGACCUGAGCCACGUGCGGCUGACACCGGCGCAGAUGACACUGGUAGACCGGCUGGCAGAGAAUGGGCACAAUGUGUGGGCGCGAGACCGCGUGGCCCAGGGCUGGAGCUACAGUGCCGUGCAGGACAUCCCCGCGCGCCGAAACCCUCGCCUCGUGCCCUACCGGCUGCUGGACGAGGCCACCAAGCGCAGCAACCGGGACAGCCUCUGCCAGGCUGUGCGCACCCUACUGGGCUAUGGCUACAACAUCGAGCCGCCUGACCAGGAGCCCAGUCAGGUGGAGAGCCAGUCUCGUUGGGACCGGGUGCGCAUCUUCCGGGCAGAGAAAUCCUAUGCGGUGCAGAGCGGCCGCUGGUACUUCGAGUUCGAGGUGGUCACCACGGGUGAGAUGCGAGUGGGCUGGGCGAGGCCCGAGCUGCGGCCUGACGUGGAGCUGGGAGCUGACGAGCUGGCCUACGUCUUCAAUGGGCACCGCGGCCAACGCUGGCACUUGGGCAGUGAACCGUUUGGGCGUCCCUGGCAGCCCGGUGAUGUCGUGGGCUGCAUGAUCGACCUCACAGAGAACACCAUUAUCUUCACCCUCAAUGGCGAGGUUCUCAUGUCUGAUUCAGGCUCUGAAACGGCCUUCCGGGAAAUUGAGAUUGGGGAUGGUUUCCUGCCUGUCUGCAGCUUGGGACCUGGUCAGGUGGGUCACCUGAACCUGGGCCAGGACGUGAGCUCCCUGCGGUUCUUUGCCAUCUGUGGCCUCCAGGAAGGCUUCGAGCCAUUUGCCAUCAACAUGCAGCGCCCGGUCACCACCUGGUUCAGCAAAAGCCUUCCCCAAUUUGAGGCUGUGCCCCUUGAGCACCCCCACUAUGAGGUGGCCCGCGUGGAUGGCACUGUGGAUACACCGCCCUGCCUGCGCCUGAGCCACCGCACCUGGGGCUCCCAGAACAGUCUUGUGGAGAUGCUCUUCCUCCGGCUCAGCCUUCCGGUACAGUUCCACCAGCACUUCCGCUGCACGGCUGGGGCCACCCCCCUGGCUCCUCCCGGCCUGCAGCCCCCUGCUGAGGAUGAGGUCCGGGCGGCAGAACCCGACCCGGACUAUGAAAAUCUGCGCCGCUCAGCGGGGCGCUGGGGCGAGGCUGAGGGGAGCAAAGAAGGAGCCGCCAAGGAGGGGGCACCUGGGGGCAAUGCCCAAGCUGGGACAGAGCCCCAGCCCGCCAGAGUGGAGAACGAGAAGGAUGCUACCACAGAGAAGAACAAGAAGAGAGGGUUCUUAUUCAAGGCCAAGAAGGCCGCCAUGAUGACCCAACCACCAGCCACUCCCACUCUGCCUCGACUCCCUCGGGAGGUGGUGCCCACCGACAACCGGGAUGACCCUGAGAUCAUCCUCAAUACCACCACGUACUAUUACUCCGUGAGGGUCUUCGCUGGCCAGGAGCCCAGCUGUGUGUGGGUGGGCUGGGUCACCCCUGACUACCAUCAACACGACAUGAACUUCGACCUCAGCAAGGUCCGGGCAGUGACGGUGACCAUGGGGGAUGAACAAGGCAACGUCCACAGCAGCCUCAAGUGCAGCAACUGCUACAUGGUGUGGGGCGGGGACUUCGUGAGCUCGGGGCAGCAGGGCCGGAUCAGCCACACAGACCUUGUCAUUGGCUGCCUCGUGGACUUGGCCACUGGCCUGAUGACCUUUACUGCCAAUGGCAAAGAAAGCAACACCUUUUUCCAGGUGGAGCCCAACACGAAGCUGUUCCCUGCCGUCUUUGUCCUGCCCACCCACCAGAAUGUCAUCCAGUUUGAGCUGGGGAAGCAGAAGAACAUCAUGCCGCUGUCGGCCGCCAUGUUUCUGAGUGAGCGCAAGAACCCGGCCCCGCAGUGCCCACCUCGGCUCGAGGUGCAGAUGCUGAUGCCCGUCUCGUGGAGCCGUAUGCCCAACCACUUCCUGCAGGUGGAGACGCGGCGAGCUGGCGAGCGGCUGGGCUGGGCCGUGCAGUGCCGGGAGCCGCUGACCAUGAUGGCGUUGCACAUCCCUGAGGAGAACCGAUGCAUGGACAUCCUGGAGCUGUCCGAGCGCCUGGACCUGCAGCGCUUCCACUCCCACACCCUCCGUCUCUACCGCGCGGUGUGCGCCCUGGGCAACAACCGCGUGGCGCAUGCUCUGUGCAGCCACGUGGACCAGGCGCAGCUGCUGCACGCCCUGGAGGACGCGCACCUGCCCGGCCCGCUGCGCGCGGGCUACUACGACCUGCUCAUCAGCAUCCACCUCGAAAGCGCCUGCCGCAGCCGCCGCUCCAUGCUCUCUGAGUACAUCGUGCCGCUCACGGAGGAGACCCGCGCCAUCACGCUCUUCCCACCCGGAAAAAGUGCGGAAAACGGUCCCCGCCGCCACGGCCUGCCUGGCGUCGGCGUCUCCACCUCGCUGCGGCCUCCACACCAUUUUUCGCCGCCCUGUUUCGUGGCUGCCCUGCCGGCUGCUGGGGCGGCAGAAGCCCCGGCCCGCCUCAGCCCCAGCAUCCCUCUCGAGGCCCUGCGGGACAAAGCACUGAGGAUGCUAGGGGAGGCCGUGCGAGAUGGCGGGCAGCACGCGCGUGACCCUGUCGGGGGCUCCGUGGAGUUCCAGUUUGUGCCUGUGCUCAAGCUUGUGUCCACCCUGCUGGUGAUGGGCAUAUUUGAUGAUGAGGAUGUGAAACAGAUCUUGAAGAUGAUUGAGCCUGAAGUAUUCACUGAAGAAGAAGAAGAGGAAGAGGAAGAGGAGGAAGAAGAAGAAGAAGAUGAAGAGGAGAAGGAAGAGGAUGAGGAGGAAGAGGCACAGGAGAAGGAAGAUGAGGAAAAAGAGGAAGAGGAGACAGCGGAAGGGGAAAAAGAAGAAGACCUGGAGGAAGGGCUGCUCCAGAUGAAGUUGCCAGAGUCUGUGAAGUUACAGAUGUGCCACCUGCUAGAAUAUUUCUGUGACCAAGAGCUGCAGCACCGUGUGGAAUCCCUAGCAGCCUUUGCAGAGCGCUAUGUGGACAAACUCCAGGCCAACCAGCGGGACCGCUAUGGCCUCCUCAUGAAAGCCUUCACCAUGUCUGCAGCUGAGACGGCCCGACGGACUCGCGAGUUCCGCUCCCCGCCUCAGGAGCAGAUAAACAUGCUGUUGCACUUCAAAGAUGGUGAGGAUGAGGAAGAGUGUCCUCUCCCUGAAGAGGUCCGACAGUAUUUGCUCGAAUUUCAUCAAGACUUGCUGGCACAUUGUGGAAUUCAGCUGGAGGGAGAGGAGGAGGAGCCAGAGGAAGAGGCCACCCUGGGCAGCCGCCUGAUGAGCCUGUUGGAGAAAGUCCGGCUGGUGAAGAAGAAGGAGGAGAAACCUGAGGAGGAGCCACCUGCUGAGGAGGCCAAACCCCAGUCGUUACAGGAGCUGGUGUCGCACACAGUGGUGCGCUGGGCUCAGGAGGACUUUGUGCAGAGCCCUGAGCUUGUCCGGGCCAUGUUCAGCCUCCUGCACCGGCAGUAUGACGGGCUCGGGGAGCUGCUGCGUGCCCUGCCCCGGGCAUACACCAUCUCCCCAUCGUCCAUGGAGGACACCAUGAGCUUGCUUGAGUGCCUGGGCCAGAUCCGAUCGCUGCUCAUCGUGCAGAUGGGUCCCCAGGAGGAAAACCUCAUGAUCCAGAGCAUUGGGAACAUUAUGAACAACAAAGUCUUCUACCAACACCCAAACCUGAUGCGGGCACUGGGCAUGCAUGAGACAGUCAUGGAGGUCAUGGUGAACGUCCUCGGUGGUGGUGAAUCCAAGGAGAUCCGCUUCCCCAAGAUGGUGACAAGCUGCUGCCGCUUCCUCUGCUACUUCUGUCGCAUCAGCCGGCAGAACCAGCGCUCCAUGUUUGACCACCUGAGCUACCUGCUGGAGAACAGUGGCAUUGGCCUGGGCAUGCAGGGCUCCACGCCUCUGGACGUGGCUGCUGCCUCCGUCAUCGACAACAAUGAGCUGGCCUUGGCAUUGCAGGAGCAGGACCUGGAGAAGGUGGUGUCCUACCUGGCGGGUUGUGGCCUUCAAAGCUGCCCCAUGCUCCUGGCCAAAGGGUACCCAGACAUCGGCUGGAACCCUAUUGGCGGUGAGCGCUACCUGGACUUUUUGCGCUUUGCCGUCUUCGUCAACGGUGAGAGUGUGGAGGAGAACGCGAACGUGGUGGUGCGGCUGCUCAUCCGCAAGCCGGAGUGCUUCGGGCCUGCCCUGCGGGGCGAGGGCGGCUCGGGGCUGCUGGCCGCCAUCGAAGAGGCCAUUCGCAUCUCUGAGGACCCGGCGCGGGAUGGCCCAGGCGUCCGCAGGGACCGGCGGCGUGAGCACUUUGGGGAGGAGCCCCCCGAGGAGAACCGGGUGCACCUGGGGCACGCCAUCAUGUCCUUCUACGCUGCUUUAAUCGACCUGCUGGGACGCUGUGCGCCGGAGAUGCACCUAAUCCAAGCCGGCAAGGGCGAGGCACUGCGGAUCCGCGCCAUCCUGCGCUCCCUUGUGCCCCUGGAUGACCUUGUGGGCAUCAUCAGCCUCCCUCUGCAGAUCCCUACGCUGGGCAAAGAUGGGGCUCUGGUACAGCCAAAGAUGUCGGCCUCUUUCGUGCCGGACCACAAGGCAUCCAUGGUGCUCUUCCUGGACCGGGUGUAUGGCAUCGAGAACCAAGACUUCCUGCUGCAUGUGCUGGACGUGGGGUUCCUGCCCGACAUGCGGGCAGCCGCCUCGCUGGACACGGCCACUUUCAGCACCACGGAGAUGGCGCUGGCGCUCAACCGCUACCUGUGCCUGGCGGUGCUGCCGCUCAUCACCAAGUGCGCGCCGCUCUUCGCGGGGACGGAGCACCGCGCCAUCAUGGUGGACUCCAUGCUCCACACGGUGUACCGCCUGUCCCGCGGCCGCUCGCUCACCAAGGCGCAGCGCGACGUCAUCGAGGAAUGUCUCAUGUCGCUCUGCAGGUACAUCCGCCCGUCCAUGCUGCAGCACCUGCUGCGGCGCCUGGUGUUCGACGUGCCCAUCCUUAACGAGUUCGCCAAGAUGCCGCUCAAGCUCCUCACCAAUCACUAUGAGCGCUGCUGGAAGUAUUACUGCCUCCCCACAGGCUGGGCUAACUUCGGGGUCACCUCAGAGGAAGAGCUGCACCUCACUCGUAAACUCUUCUGGGGCAUUUUUGACUCACUGGCCCAUAAGAAAUAUGAUCCCGAGCUAUACCGCAUGGCCAUGCCCUGUCUGUGCGCCAUCGCAGGGGCCCUGCCCCCCGACUACGUGGACGCCUCAUACUCAUCCAAGGCCGAGAAAAAGGCCACAGUGGAUGCUGAAGGCAAUUUUGACCCUCGGCCCGUGGAGACCCUCAAUGUGAUCAUCCCAGAGAAGCUGGACUCCUUCAUUAACAAGUUUGCGGAAUAUACGCAUGAGAAGUGGGCCUUCGACAAGAUCCAGAACAACUGGUCCUAUGGGGAGAACAUAGAUGAGGAACUGAAGACCCACCCCAUGCUGAGGCCCUAUAAGACCUUUUCAGAGAAGGACAAAGAGAUUUACCGCUGGCCCAUCAAGGAGUCCUUGAAGGCUAUGAUUGCCUGGGAAUGGACGAUUGAGAAGGCCAGGGAGGGUGAGGAGGAGAAGACAGAAAAGAAGAAAACGCGGAAGAUAUCCCAAAGUGCCCAGACCUACGAUCCGCGAGAAGGCUACAACCCCCAGCCCCCCGAUCUCAGCGGAGUUACCCUGUCCCGGGAGCUGCAGGCCAUGGCAGAACAACUGGCGGAAAAUUACCACAACACGUGGGGGCGGAAGAAGAAGCAGGAGCUGGAGGCCAAAGGCGGUGGGACCCAUCCCCUGCUGGUCCCCUACGACACCCUUACAGCCAAGGAGAAGGCACGAGACCGGGAGAAGGCCCAGGAACUGCUAAAGUUCCUGCAGAUGAACGGCUAUGCUGUCACCAGAGGCCUUAAGGACAUGGAGCUGGACACGUCUUCCAUUGAGAAACGCUUCGCCUUUGGCUUCCUGCAGCAGUUGCUGCGCUGGAUGGACAUUUCCCAGGAGUUUAUCGCUCACCUGGAGGCUGUGGUCAGCAGUGGACGAGUGGAAAAGUCCCCACACGAACAGGAGAUUAAGUUCUUUGCCAAGAUCCUGCUGCCUUUGAUCAACCAGUACUUCACCAACCACUGCCUCUACUUCCUGUCCACACCGGCCAAAGUGCUGGGCAGUGGCGGCCAUGCCUCCAACAAGGAGAAGGAAAUGAUCACCAGCCUCUUCUGCAAGCUUGCAGCUCUUGUGCGUCACCGAGUUUCUCUCUUCGGGACAGAUGCUCCAGCUGUGGUCAACUGUCUUCACAUCCUGGCACGCUCCCUGGAUGCCAGGACGGUGAUGAAGUCUGGCCCCGAGAUCGUGAAGGCCGGCCUCCGCUCCUUCUUUGAGAGCGCCUCAGAGGACAUCGAGAAGAUGGUGGAGAACCUUCGUCUGGGCAAGGUGUCGCAGGCGCGCACGCAGGUGAAGGGUGUAGGCCAGAACCUCACCUACACCACCGUGGCCCUGCUGCCGGUCCUCACCACGCUCUUCCAGCACAUCGCCCAGCACCAGUUCGGAGACGACGUCAUCUUGGAUGACGUCCAGGUCUCUUGCUACCGAACGCUGUGCAGUAUCUACUCUCUGGGAACCACCAGGAAUCCUUAUGUGGAAAAGCUGCGGCCAGCCCUCGGGGAGUGCCUGGCCCGCCUGGCGGCAGCCAUGCCAGUGGCAUUCCUGGAGCCUCAGCUGAACGAGUACAACGCCUGCUCUGUGUACACCACCAAGUCUCCCCGGGAGCGGGCCAUCCUGGGGCUCCCCAACAGCGUGGAGGAGAUGUGUCCUGACAUCCCGGUGCUGGAGCGGCUCAUGGCGGACAUCGGGGGGCUGGCCGAGUCGGGGGCCCGCUAUACAGAGAUGCCACAUGUCAUCGAGAUCACACUGCCCAUGCUGUGCAGCUACCUGCCCCGCUGGUGGGAGCGUGGGCCCGAGGCCCCCCCUCCCGCCCUGCCCGCCGGGGCGCCCGCGCCCUGCACAGCUGUCACCUCUGACCACCUCAACUCCCUGCUGGGGAACAUCCUGCGAAUCAUCGUCAACAACCUGGGCAUUGACGAGGCGUCGUGGAUGAAGCGGCUCGCAGUGUUCGCGCAGCCCAUCGUGAGCAGGGCCCGGCCCGAGCUCCUGCACUCGCACUUCAUCCCCACCAUCGGGCGGCUGCGCAAGCGGGCAGGGAAGGUGGUGGCCGAGGAGGAGCAGCUGCGCCUGGAGGCCAAGGCCGAGGCCGAGGAGGGCGAGCUGCUGGUGCGCGACGAGUUCUCUGUGCUCUGCCGGGACCUGUACGCCCUCUACCCGCUGCUCAUCCGCUAUGUGGACAACAACAGGGCACACUGGCUGACGGAGCCCAAUCCCAGCGCCGAGGAGCUGUUCAGGAUGGUGGGCGAGAUCUUCAUCUACUGGUCCAAGUCCCACAACUUCAAGCGCGAGGAGCAGAACUUCGUGGUCCAGAAUGAGAUCAACAACAUGUCAUUUCUGACUGCUGACAACAAGAGCAAAAUGGCCAAGGCGGGAGAUGUACAGUCAGGUGGUUCGGACCAGGAACGCACCAAGAAGAAGCGCCGAGGGGACCGGUACUCUGUGCAGACAUCACUGAUUGUGGCCACGCUGAAGAAGAUGCUGCCGAUCGGCCUGAACAUGUGUGCUCCCACUGACCAGGAGCUCAUCACACAGGCCAAGAACCGCUAUGCCCUGAAAGACACAGAUGAGGAGGUCCGGGAAUAUCUGCAGAACAACCUUCACCUUCAGGGAAAGGUGGAAGGCUCCCCUUCUCUGCGCUGGCAGAUGGCCCUGUACCGCGGCCUCCCGGGCCGCGAGGAGGAUGCAGACAACCCUGAGAAAAUCGUGCGCAGGGUCCAGGAGGUGUCUGCGGUGCUCUAUCAUCUGGAGCAGAUCGAGCACCCUUACAAAUCCAAGAAGGCCGUGUGGCAUAAGCUCCUGUCCAAGCAGCGCCGGAGGGCCGUCGUUGCCUGUUUCCGCAUGACCCCCCUGUACAACCUGCCCACGCACCGGGCAUGUAACAUGUUCCUGGAGAGCUACAAGGCGGCAUGGAUCCUGACCGAAGACCACAGUUUUGAAGACCGCAUGAUAGAUGACCUUUCAAAAGCUGGGGAGCAGGAGGAGGAGGAGGAGGAGGUGGAAGAGAAGAAGCCUGACCCCCUGCACCAGCUGGUCCUGCACUUCAGCCGCACUGCCCUGACCGAAAAGAGCAAACUGGACGAGGACUACCUGUACAUGGCGUAUGCCGACAUCAUGGCAAAGAGCUGCCACUUGGAGGAGGGAGGGGAGAACGGCGAAGCUGAAGAGGAGGAGGUUGAGGUUUCCUUUGAGGAGAAAGAGAUGGAGAAGCAGAGGCUCCUGUACCAGCAGGCGCGGCUGCACAACCGAGGGGCCGCGGAGAUGGUGCUGCAGAUGAUCAGUGCCUGCAAAGGAGAGACGGGCGCCAUGGUGUCAUCCACCUUGAAGCUGGGCAUCUCCAUCCUAAAUGGGGGCAAUGCUGAUGUCCAACAGAAAAUGCUGGAUUAUCUGAAGGACAAGAAGGAAGUUGGCUUCUUCCAGAGCAUCCAGGCGCUGAUGCAAACAUGCAGCGUCCUGGAUCUCAACGCCUUCGAGAGACAGAACAAGGCAGAGGGGCUGGGCAUGGUGAACGAGGACGGAACCGUCAUCAACCGCCAGAACGGCGAGAAGGUCAUGGCAGAUGAUGAGUUCACCCAAGAUCUGUUCCGAUUUCUGCAAUUGCUCUGCGAGGGGCACAAUAAUGAUUUCCAAAAUUACCUUCGGACACAGACAGGGAACACGACCACCAUUAACAUCAUCAUCUGCACGGUGGACUACCUCCUGCGGCUGCAGGAGUCCAUCAGCGACUUCUACUGGUACUACUCCGGCAAGGAUGUCAUUGAGGAGCAGGGCAAGAGGAACUUUUCCAAGGCCAUGUCGGUCGCUAAACAGGUGUUCAACAGCCUCACCGAGUACAUCCAGGGCCCGUGCACCGGAAACCAGCAGAGCCUGGCGCACAGCCGCCUCUGGGACGCCGUGGUGGGAUUCCUGCACGUGUUUGCCCACAUGAUGAUGAAGCUCGCUCAGGACUCGAGCCAGAUCGAGCUGCUGAAGGAGCUGUUGGACCUACAGAAGGACAUGGUGGUGAUGUUGCUGUCACUACUAGAAGGGAACGUGGUGAACGGCAUGAUUGCCCGGCAGAUGGUGGACAUGCUUGUGGAAUCCUCAUCCAACGUGGAGAUGAUCCUCAAGUUCUUCGACAUGUUCCUGAAACUCAAGGACAUCGUGGGCUCUGAGGCCUUCCAGGACUACGUCACCGAUCCCCGGGGCCUCAUCUCCAAGAAGGACUUCCAGAAGCACUUUUCCUUUGCCCUGUAGUUGAUCCGCUGGAGACCCAGCUUCGUGGUCCUGCAGAGGAGCGCCCUCUGACAGAAGCAUGACACGAGCAACGUGCAUCAUCCAAAGUUUUCUAGUACUCAUG